AUGAUUGACCCCGUGACACAUAUAGUUACGCCAUCUAAUGACGAACAGAGACAAGGCAGAUCAGACGGGGGAAUGCAGCUGGGAUUGGAGGACUUGCAUGGCGGAGGGGGCGGGCUGGGACAGCAGAAGGUGUCAGGCAUGGCGGAGGGCACAGACUCAAUCGUCGACGUCCUGACGAACCCGAGCAGCUCAGUGAACCUACAUUCCAACAUACUGAGCGUGUCCACAAAUGUAGAGGAAGGACAGGGAAUGCAGCCAGCGGCGAUACAGGGAGGAGGAACGGCGGCGGGGCGGCGUUUUUCCAGCGUGCCGAUCAGCGACUCGCCCGUAGGAUGUGGCCAGCACGGAAUGGGGACAGCAAGCACGCAGGUGCCAAGCCACGGGAGCACAGCCAACCUGCUAAGCAUGGGGAACCCGGUCGCCACCAACGUGCAGGUGUGCCAGCGAAUGGAUGAAGUAAGCGCGCGGCUGAUUGUGAUGGAGGAAACAGUAAACAAGCUCCUGGGCAAUAUCGAUGCGCAGCAGCAACAGAUAGCCUCGAUGCGGUCGGAGAGUAUGGAGAUGUUGGGAUCGCUCAUGAAGGAGGUCCGCGAGCUAAAACAGCAGGUACCAGUGCUUGAUGACCCCGACAAUAACGAGAAAGACAAGUUUGUUACGGAUCUACUCAACUCGAUCACCAACGUGAGUAGCAACUACCUUAAGAAGGUGAGCUCCAGGAACUUGCAGCGAUUCAAGCGGCAGCGGGACAUCAUGAGUACCAGUGAUUUGCCUAGCCUAGGAAACACUCAGAGCUCCAGCCAUUUCAUGCAGGACUUGGUGAACCCUUAUGCAUCCACACAAGACUUCCAGUCAUUUACUGUAUUGAAGGACAAGGCUAAGGAAUUUACCUUGAAUCCCACAGCAAUUAAUAAACGUCGGCGUCUGUCUGCCCAACCGCUGAAUACAUUACAAAUGUCUCAGGAUCAGCUACAGCAGCAGCGAGGUUCUGUGCAAAGUUUAAUAAGCAUACCCACCAGUGGCCAGAAAAAUGCCAACUUUGGACCUCAGCUACAGAACUAUUUGAUCGGCCUGCAAAACAUCCCAAUGUCUGAGGCAGAAAAGGUGUCUUCACCAACUGUUCUAAAACAGUUCCAAAACUCCACCACUGAUCCAGACUUGAAAACCGGUAGACGGAAUCCAGGGCUUGAUUUCCAAAUAGGUUCUGGAGAUGAUGAGAACGAUGAAAAUGACGGCGCGUCAGGAGAAGAUGAAGAUGGUUACCUAGAAGAUGACGAGGGUUAUAGAAGCCAAAGCCAGCGGACAAUGUCAUCAGAAGAUGACGAGCAAUUCACUGGGGGAAACCAAGGGGAGGAUGAGGCUGGCCCAAGAGCAGCUGGAAGGAAUCCAAAGAGUUUACCCUCAUCAAUAGUGCGGCGUUUUGCAAACAGCGGAAGUCAAGUAAGCGUUAGUGGCACACCAGAAACUGAAAGACUAGUACUAAAAAAUAAUGACAAGUACGAUAAAAACACAAUGCCUGCGCCAAAUACAAAACCUCGUGCUGUCCUUGCAUCGAAUCCAGAGGAUACUCUCACGGAUGUACAAUAUACGAUGGUCAAAGCGCCAGAUAGUGUGCGGGCCAUUUGGGACGAGUAUACAAUUGGGGUUGGUGGGAAACCCUCCAUACGACAGCUAGAACAAACGUAUGGGAAUAAAUGGCGAACAAAGAGAAAUAAGAAAACAUUCGCUAGGAGGAAGCGAAUCUACAAAUUCAUAUUGAACGGUGUGCGGAACGGGAAGUCGGAGAGUGAAAUGAUAGACAUUUUAGAAUCUAGGCGAGUGUAUCGGACUGAGGAUAAUGAGCUUAAGAAGAGGACCAUAGGCUGGCUCCAACAGAGCCUUUCUGGUAUAUAG